GCUGCCAUUAAAUCGAAAGAAGAGGAAGAUGAAUAACCUGUAGCAAAGUAGCUGCUCUCCUUAAUACAUCCAUGAAAGUAGUUAGCAAAGCUAACACAGGCGAGCUAACAUCGCUUCAUCCAACACGACAUGCAGGCCGUUAACAGCUGAAGUCUCGUACGGCUAUAACUUCACCCAGUUAAAGCACAGGCUGUCGUGAUGUCGGAGCCAAAGCCCCCUACUCCAACCCCUGGAGACACGUACAAGGGUUGGCUCUUUAAAUGGACUAACUACAUUAAAGGUUACCAGAGACGCUGGUUUGUUCUGAGCAAUGGACUGCUGUCCUACUACAGGAGCCAGGCAGAGAUGGGUCACACGUGCCGAGGCACCAUCAACUUGGCCACAGCCAAUAUUGCCGUGGAAGACUCGUGCAAUUUUGUCAUUUCUAACGGAGGUGCACAGACCUACCACUUGAAGGCCAGCUCAGAAGUAGAGAGGCAGCGAUGGAUCACGGCUCUGGAGCUCGCCAAAGCAAAGGCCGUCCACAUGCAGGCUGAAUCUGAUGACUCGGGUGACGAAUGUCCUGCAGCGCCCCCCUCCUCAGGACAGGGUGGAGGCUGCCGUAACUUAGAAAUCCAAUCAACACUACGCACACUGGGCAGCAAGGUGGAGGACCUCAACACCUGCAAUGACCUCAUUGUGAAGCAUGGGUCUGCUCUACAAAGGUCUUUGUCAGAACUGGAGGCGCUUCGUGUCAGCGGGGACGUGGGAGACAAAAUGAAACAAGUAACAGAGAGAGCCACGCUGUUCAGAAUCACCUCUAAUGCCAUGAUUAAUGCAUGUAGAGACUUCCUCUCCCUGGCCCAGAGCCACAGUAAGCGCUGGCAGAAGGCCUUACACAGCGAAAGAGACCAGAGGAUACGUCUGGAGGAGACUCUGGAGCAGCUGGCCAAACAACACAAUCACCUGGAAAGGGCUUUCAGAGGAGCUACAGUUCUCCCCUCUUCGUUCAGCAAUCCAGCCUUAGGUAACAAAGGGGGUGUCUCCGGAAAAGGUGAUGCCAGUGACGAGGAUGAUGACAAUGAGUUCUUUGAUGCCAUGGAAGACCCAGCAGAGUUUAUUACUGUCCCCGCUGACCCCAAGUAUCACAGGAGAUCCGGCAGCAACGUUAGUGGGUUCAGCUGUGAGACUGGAAUGGACGAUCAGUCAGUUAAUUUUGAUGAACUGUCCUUGGCAUCCAACCCAGAGUCUCCACAGACCCUUGAGCUGGAGCCAGUUAGACAGAGGCGGACUCGUAUCCCGGACAAGCCCAACUAUUACCUCAAUCUGUGGAGCAUCAUGAAGAACUGCAUUGGAAAGGAGCUCUCGAAGAUACCGAUGCCUGUGAAUUUCAACGAGCCUCUCUCAAUGCUGCAACGUCUCUCUGAAGACCUGGAGUACUACGAGCUGCUGGAUAAGGCUGCUAAAUGUCAGAGCUCUCUGGAGCAGAUGUGUUAUGUGGCCGCUUUCACAGUCUCCUCUUACUCCACCACUGUCCACCGCACAGGAAAACCCUUCAAUCCUCUGCUGGGAGAAACCUUUGAGCUCGAUCGGCUCAAAGAUUGUGGCUACCGCUCCCUCUGUGAGCAGGUGAGUCACCACCCGCCUGCUGCAGCUCACCAUGCCCUCUCUGAAAAGGGCUGGACCCUCAGACAAGAAAUCACCCUGGCCAGCAAGUUCAGAGGGAAAUAUCUCUCCAUCAUGCCUUUGGGUUCUAUCCAGUGUUUAUUUGACAAAAGUGAGAAUCACUACUCUUGGAAGAAAGUCACUACAACAGUACACAAUAUCAUUGUUGGAAAACUAUGGAUUGACCAGUCAGGGGAGAUCGACGUGGUGAACCACAAGACAGGAGAUCGCUGCCACCUCAAGUUUGCUCCCUACAGUUACUUCUCCAGAGAUGUACCAAGAAAGGUAACAGGAGUAGUGACGGAUAAGGAUGGGAAGGCGCAUUACGUGCUAUCAGGAACCUGGGAUGAGAAGAUGGAGUUCUCCAGGAUCAUGCAGAGCAGUAAAGGCGAGAACGGCACUGAAGGCAAACAGAGGACUGUCUAUCAGACCCUCAAAGCCAAAGAAAUCUGGAAGAAGAACCCUUUACCAGAGGGAGCGGAGAACAUGUACUUCUUCUCCUCACUGGCCUUGACGCUCAAUGAGUCUGAAGAGGGAGUGGCUCCGACAGACAGUCGGCGGCGCCCUGACCAGAAAAUGAUGGAGGACGGCCGCUGGGAUGAGGCUAACGCAGAGAAGCAGAAGCUAGAAGAGAAACAGCGCAUUGUACGCAGAGAAAGAGAGAGGGAGGCUGUUAAAGCAGCUAGCACACCUGAGGAAGCUGUCACUGAGGAUUCAAUCAAUGAUUCACCCUUAAAAACUGAUGGAGUGGAGACUGGCACAGAAGCUAGUGAGGUUUCAGAUGAAACUGACACAGAGGACUCUCCCCCUCUCACACCUGUUGCAUCCCCUUAUGGACCAUCACAUGUUCCUUUUCAAAGCGCCCAUCCAGACAACUACCAAGCCAUGUGGUUUGAUAAGUUUGACGACCCCGCCUCCGGAGAGACCCUGCAUGUCUACAAGGGCGGUUACUGGGAGGCCAAGGAACAAGGCAGCUGGGACAUGUGCCCCGAAAUCUUCUGAUCCGGCCGGUCUUCCUCUGUGGAGAACCAACCUUCAGCAUCAGGAGAAUCAAGCCUGACAUUAACCAAUCUUCAAUGUCUGUAGCUUCAACUGAUCACCUUUUCCAGAAGUGAUUUGCUCAGGGUUAAGAGCAUCUUCCCCCUCAACGUAGAUACAAUGCACUUUGUGGCAUUGUUGUCACAUUGCAGAUGAUUAGUGUUCAGAUUUCCCUCACUGCCUCUCUAACACACAAUGUUUAUCUUGGUUGGUCUGGUGAUUGUUCUCAGUCCAUGGUUCUUUGGUACAGCCUUUGAGUUGCUUUUGGAAGCAGGUUAUUCUGGUUCGUGUUAUUGUGCAUUUUCUUUAAAAAGCCUUUUCUUCAAAGGCAUAAAUCAUCCAGAUGAGAUCUAUACAAGGUUUGCUCAGGAAGAAAGAGCUACUCCCUAGCAUGUUAUUCAUGUGCUUGUUAAUGUUCUACACUCCUUAUUCUGACUACUAUUGCAAUUCAUGUAUUGCAACUUCCCCAGCACAGCACCACCUUGAGUCAAGUGUAUUCAUACCCAAUGUUUUAAUAGUUCACACAGUAAAUAUUGAGCAUAGCAGUUUCAGCCCAAACCAAAUGCAUAGAUGCAUGGGCUUGAGUGGCACAGGCAAAAGUGAGAAAUGUUGUUAAAAAGAGAAGUCUCACAAACACCAAGACAUGAUGCAGAGUUAGCCUUUCAAUUUAUAUUAAUUUGCAAUGAUACCUAAUUCCAAAAAGUGAAACAACCUGACACAUUAGCCUUUUUUUGUUGCCCUCAGCUAGUCAGUUUCAAAACUUGUUUGUGAUUUCCUUUAUCCUGAUAUCCCUCAAACCCACUCUAAAACACAUGGUGAAGAAAUGUGAAAGUAGUUCGUUGUGAUAAAUUUUGGCUCGGUUAAGGCUGGUUUUGUUAUCUUAAUAACAGUAGUGGGUCAUUACAUAUAUAUGAUUUUUUAAAACCUUUUUUCACUAUACAAGAAUACAAAUUAAAGUUUUUUUCUAUUUAUUUUUUAUUUAGGAAGAAUAACUACCUUUCUGUGAGUAGCACAUUAACCUUAAUAGAAUAUAUUUUCUUUGUUCAAUGUGAUACCUUAAUGAAAACUAUGUUAAGUACCAAUGAAAAUAUGAAGCAUAAAAAUACCAAUGGCACAAUGGGGAAAAACAUAUAGGACCUUGUCUUUUGUUGUCAUCUUUCUACUUCACCAAUUUAUUUUAAAGAUUAUAAGUACAGUCCCUUCGUUAUCCUAUACAUUUAUCUUGUUCCUAUUAUAUAGUGUUCAUUCCACCAGAAGUUGUUUAACUUUUACACAGAAUGUACUAUUAUUUUGUCCUGUAGAUCCCCUAAAGCCUGUAAAAGAAAAGAAAAUCUCCCUUAAACUGCGACGCAACAUCUCGUUCCCCCUUACAUUUAACAUGGGCAGUUUUACAAUUUGUGAAGGGGGCAUGCUAAACCCAAAACAGAAUGCUAAGUUACUUUUAAAAUAGUUUAGUUGUUGACCACAUUACUCAGAGUAAAAGCCUUGUAAGAUUGAAUCACCUUGAGUUUGAGAUUGACUCUAAUCCUUAUGUGUAAGAUAAAAUCUAUUUUGAUUCUCACACACUCACACUACACUUAUUUUCAUACUAAAGUUUGUGCUCUCACUAAUGCUUAGAGUAACCGUUUAAACUUUGCUUUCUAAAUGAAUGCUGAGUCUCAACAAAUGAACAGUUGAGAUUAAUGUAAGCAGAGCUGUGCAGAUUUAUACUGGCUUGAUGAAUAGUGAAGUGAAGGGAAAAGUGUUUUUGUCUUCCUGGUUUCCUUCAAAUGUAUUGAUCAUAGCUUUAAUCUUGAUGUGGGUUAUUAUAGUCGUCGUGUGUUGCGAGUGUAGUUUUCUUUAACAGACAGCAAUAAGAGUGCCUCACUGCAUAUACAUUUGGCACAAAAUGAAAUGUGUGAGUUCGCUGAAAUUGCAAAAACUGAAUUCUGUCAUCGUACUCGUCUCCGUUGUUUGUCACAUGAGUGGAAGGAUUGUGUGGCUGAUGAAAAAUCUGAAUUUCAUUUAUAUUCAAGUGUACUUAAAAGGAGAACACUGAAAAUGAAGAUCACAAAACGUAAUGUUGCAAAUAUGUCUGUGUAAAUAUAUUAAAUUGUAAAGUAACUGUGAUAUUAACUGGUUAUAUUGAUAGAGAAUCUAAUGGAGGUGAUGCACUUAUGCUUUUUUUUUUCUCCUUUCUGUUUCAUUGUUUACUCAGAAGUGGUAAACUGAAUUGUCUGAGCAGAGUGUACCAUGUUAGGUUUGAACCAUCGCUUAGUGUGAUUAAAUGUUCCUUCAUACAUCAUUCAAACACAUGAUGAAGAGUGUCUGAGGAAUGUACAGCUUGAUGUUACUAAAAAUGUAUCUUGCAUUACAGAUUUUUCACGUCUGCAGUCUGUUUAAACAUAUAAAUAAUUUUGGUUUUUAGCCAUGGCUCUUAAUUGCGUAGACGCAUUCCUUUGUGUGUUUUUAACUUUUGUUUUCUUAAGUUUCUAAGAUUUCUUUUUGCCCAGCGUGGUGGAGAUUGUCACAAUGCCACAACUUCCCACAGCUCUCAAAACUUGACUAAAGGUGUAUUUGCACUUACCUACAUUACAUUAUUGAUCAUGCCCAAUGUGAUGUCAACUUUUGAUGUUGGCUCCUGAAGUGUGAAGUGUAUUUAAAACAUACGUUGGUAAAAAUAUACAAAUGUAACGACUACGUUUUCUGAGCAUACUUUUCACCUUUUCUGUCCUUCAAUGCAGUUUUUUUUUUUUUGCAGGGUUGUGUUAGAGGUUGCCAAUAUUAAAGUGAACGAAAAUGAAGUGCA